AUGUCCUUCUCCACCACAGCAGAAAUUGCCCAAUUCGACGGCAAGUUGUACAAAUUGUCCCAUGAAUCCGAUUCGACCAAAACCAAGAUGGAUGUCAAUGUCUUUGUCCCACCUUCUAAGGCUGAGGCGAUUCCUGUCUUGAUGUACUUGUCUGGCUUGACUUGUACUCCUAACAAUGCAUCUGAAAAGUCCUUUUUGCAAUACUUUGCGUCCAAAUAUGGCUUCGCUAUUGUGUUCCCAGACACUUCACCAAGAGGAGCAAACAUUGCUGGAGAGGACGACUCUUACGAUUUUGGCACAGGAGCAGGUUUCUAUGUCGAUGCCACUCAAAAGCCAUGGUCAGAAAACUACAAUAUGUACACAUACGUCCAUAAAGAGCUUUUGGAGAAAUUGGCGUCUCAUUUCCCAAAAUUGGACUUUGAGAACAUCUCCAUUACUGGUCAUUCUAUGGGUGGAUAUGGUGCUUUAGCAGGAUUCUUCAAAAACCCUGGAAAGUACAAGAGCGUGAGUGCAUUUGCGCCAAUUUGUAACCCACUGAACUGCGCAUGGGGAGAAAAGAACUUUGGAAACUACUUGGGUGAGGACAAAGCACAGUGGUACGAAUAUGAUCCUACUCAUUUGAUUGCACAAUACAAAGGGAGCCACCAGCCUGACAUCUUAAUUCAUCAGGGAGCACUGGAUGGCUUCUAUGCCAAGGAUAAGUAUUUGCAACCUGAGAACUUUGUCGAAGCAGCUAAAGGAUCUGACUACAAAGGGAAGGUGGACUUACACAUUGUUGAUGGAUAUGACCACCUGUACUUCUUCAUCAGUUCUUUUGCAGAAGCUCACGCCAAGCACCACGCCAAAGCGCUAGGCUUGAUCGAAUAA